UCCACCAUCGCAGUCCAUUCUUUUCCCUCAACGCUCCAAAACCACAGUACUCAUCGUCAACCCCAAAUCCAAGCAACAACGACGCCAUUGCUCCCCCUCCCAAGCUCUCCUCAUCCCCUUCGUCCCCUCCCUCGAUCAUGGCCAAGUCCCCGCCAUUGCCGCGCCCGCCGGGCUGGCGGUGUUCGGUGAGGUGGUGGCUGGCGAGAGUUGGUACUAGCGUCCUUGUGUGGACGGUUUUCAUGCAGCUUGCUCCUAUCGCUGAGGUCUGGAGGUUCCAACGCUCCGACGUGCGGUGGCGGAGCACCUCCGCUUGCAACGCCACCAACCUUUCUUUGCUCUCUGAUGAGACCCCUCUCCGCGAGUCGCCUCCCGCCCUCCCCCCUCGUAGGGUCUACAAAAGCAAUGGCUAUCUGCAGGUCUCUUGCAAUGGUGGCUUGAAUCAAAUGCGAGCAGCGAUAUGUGACAUGGUUACUAUUUCACGCUAUUUGAAUUUGACAUUGUUGAUUCCCGAACUUGACAAAACAUCUUUCUGGGCAGAUCCUAGUGAUUUUGGAGAUAUAUUUAAUGUACAACACUUUAUUGAUUCUUUGAGAGAUGAAGUUAAGAUCAUCAAAUCACUUCCAAAGAAGUUUAGUACAAAAGUUCAACAGGGCUUAUUCUCAAUGCCUCCGGUUAGUUGGUCCAAUGAGAAAUACUACUUAAAACAGAUUUUACCCCUCAUACAAAAGCACAAGAUAAUUUAUUUUAACAAAACAGAUGCUCGUCUUGCAAAUAAUGGCCUCCCUAUUUGGCUCCAAAAGCUGCGUUGUCGUGUCAAUUAUCAGGCAUUGCGGUUUACUCCAAAGAUUGAAGCCCUAGGUAACAAACUUGUUUCAAUUCUUCAGAAAACUGGUUCCUUUGUUGUUCUCCAUUUGCGCUAUGAGAUGGAUAUGCUAGCCUUUUCUGGUUGUACACAUGGAUGCUCUGACAUAGAGGCUGAGGAACUCACCAGGAUGAGAUAUGCAUAUCCAUGGUGGAAGGAGAAAGAAAUAGUAUCUGAGAAGAAAAGACUUGAAGGUCUAUGUCCUCUUACACCUGAAGAGACAACUUUGGUGUUACAAGCUUUGGGCUUUGAAAGGAACACCCUAAUUUACAUUGCGUCUGGAGAAAUAUAUGGUGGUGAACGGAGACUGGCUGCUCUGCGAGCUGCAUAUCCAAAACUGGUAAGGAAGGAAAUGCUUCUUAGUCCUGAUGAGUUGAGGCCUUUCCAGAAUCACUCAACUCAGAUGGCUGCAUUGGAUUAUCUAGUUUCUAUUGCAAGUGAUGUUUUUAUCCCCAGUUAUGAUGGGAAUAUGGCAAAAGUUGUUGAGGGACACCGCAGGUAUACAGGAUUUCGUAAGACAAUUGUGUUAGAUAGGCGAGAACUGGUUGAACUUUUGGAUCUGUACCAAACCGGGGAACUAUCUUGGGAACAAUUCUCUGAUGCUGUUCAAGAAGUACAUAAAAACCAGAUGGGACAGCCAGUAAGACGGAAGGUUAUUCCCGACCGACUUAAAGAGGAAGACUAUUUUUACGCCAACCCCCAAGAAUGCCUUGCUCCUCAAAGGAUGCCCCAAUUAGGAGAGUUUGAAAUCUGAUGUUCUUAUCACUGCCAUCUUUUAGAGGACGAGCCGGUAUUAUUGCCUCAAUGUUGUAUAGCUGACCAAAGUUCUUUUGUAUGCUAGUUUAAAGUUCGCCGGAGAUCCAGAUACUCCUCUUCAAUAAGUGUUCCUAGAACAAGAACAUCGAAAUGGAAGAACACAAGGCCAUUGAGUCCGAAGAUUCUGCAACUGACGUACAGAAAUGAAACUUCGCAUCGUUAACUCAGGUCAUGUUACCCUUUUUUUUUUUUUACUUAAUUCCAUCGUCAUUUUUAUUAACUACUUGCCAUUCUUUUACGCGGAAAGGUGGCUUUUAUUCUGCAGUUCCUUUCUUUAAGACUUCAACAGCAAUGUUCUUCAUUGUAUCAUUUUCUCAUCUUGGAAUGACCAAAUUCUGUAAGCUAUCUUGAAUGGAUUGGAUUGAACUUCAACCAUCAACCAUCAUGUACAUCUAAAUUAGACUGUUUUUCUUGAA